CGUCUGCUGCGUCUGCAGUUCACAGCAACCCACUACUAGGCUUUUGGCCAUAGCAUUUUAUAGCAAUCAUAAAAACUAUAGCACGGCAAUCAAAACCAGAAGGCCGAUUCCGCCGUCUCUCCACCAUUCUCUGCUCUCUCCCUCCUCCCACCCCCGCCUCCAGACCUCCGCUCGCAGCACCCCCGCUAUUCCUCCCCUCUCUCUUUCUCCCUCUCUCUCUCUCUCUCUCUCUCUAUAUAUAUAUAUAUAUAUAUACAUAUAUAAGUUUUUGUUUUCCUUUUUAAAAGAAAAUCUUGCGCUAUUUGGUUCGGUGCUUGAGCUGCGAUUGGAGGCUAUUCUUGCUGGUAACAUCACUUGGCAGAUGCUCAUAUUUACUUCCUAUUUUAAAUUUGUUCCGCGUCGCGUUGAUGAUUUUCCGUUCUAGAAUAAAUUUUCGGUAUCUACUCUAAAUUUGCGGUUUUGGGCAUCUGCUAUUGUGGACGCUGGUGGGAUUUCAAGGGAACUUAUGCGUUUAUUUUUGAGUCUUUCUUCCUGAAGUUAUCAUGUAGUUAUAUGAUAGUAGUUCUUGAUGUAUGCGUAUUGGAGUGUAUGCAUUUAAGAUUUUUGUACAUUCCUAUGGCUGGGGAUGCAACCAGAGUGGUUUUCCUUUUUUUUUUUUUUUUUUUUUUUUGUUUUUUUAAAUUGGGUAUUUUUUGAUAGCUAUUUUUUUUGUUUUUUGUUGUUGUUUUUUUUUUUUAAAUCCGAUGGACAGAAAUGGUAUUGAAAAUGUAUGUUUUUGUACAUGUGCAUGUAUAUGCACUUGUGUACUCAUCUGUAUGUGGACUUGUGGGUGCAUAUAUGUAUUUGGAUGUAAGCCAAUUGGCUUAUUGUGCUUUUCCAUGGAUGCAAAAUAUUGUGGUUUUUGUAUUUUCUAAAUUGGCUAUUUUUGCUUACUUGUAGUUUUUCUUUAAUCCAACGGACAGAAAUGGUUUGAAAAUGUGGGCAUGUAUAUGUGUUUGUAUGUCUACACAUGAAUGCAUACGUGUAUUUGUAUGCAUAUUCAUGUUUAUAUCCAUGCAUGAGAAUCAGCGCAUAAUGUGCAUUUGUCUGUGUUGUGAGCUCCUUGUACAUUGAUAUACUUGUUCGUUUAGUUGAAAAUGAUAUUUGAAAAAUUUGAGGCAAAUUGUAUUUGUUUGUUUCUUGGAAACUGCAUUUCUAAGUAUACAUGGCUGGGAAGUCCAACAAAGGGAGAAAUAAGAGAGGGCCACAUAAUACUACGAGUUCUUUGGAAAGAGUGGUAUCAUCCGAUGCUCUCCCAAAUGAUAAUUUAAGCUCUUCAGACUCCAAAGUCGAUGCUAAUGGAGUUCCAGAUGUGGAUGAAACUUCAGAGGCCAAGUUGGAUGAGUCCAAAGUAGCAAGUUCAGUGAACCAGGUGAAGCAAGGUGAACUCCGUCUCUAUCCUGUUUCUGUCAAAACACAAGGUGGUGACAAGCUUGAGUUACAAUUAAACCCUGGAGAUUCUGUUAUGGAUGUGAGACAGUUUCUUCUUGAUGCACCGGAGACCUGCUUCUUUACAUGUUAUGAUUUGUUGUUGCAUGAUAAGAAUGGUUCAGUUCAUCAUUUGGAAGAUUACAAUGAAAUUUCUGAAGUUGCCGACAUUACUACUGGUGGUUGUUCCUUGGAAAUGGUUGCUGCGUUAUAUGAUGAUAGAUCGAUUAGGGCUCAUGUUCAUCGCACAAGAGAAUUGCUUUCUCUAUCCACACUGCAUGCUUCGUUAUCAACAUCACUUGCUUUACAGCAAGAGACGACACAAACUACAACAACUUCAUUAGACACAGUUAAAGCUGAAAUACUAGAGCUUGAUGGUUUGGGUUUUAUGGAGGAUGUUACGGGUUCACUUCGUAAUUUGUUAUCAGCAUCUUCUAAAGAAAUUAGAUGUGUGGAGAGCAUAGUGUUUUCGUCAUUCAAUCCUCCUCCAAGCUAUAGGAGGCUUGUUGGGGAUUUAAUUUAUUUGGAUGUAGUAACAUUGGAGAAUAAUAAGUUCUGUAUAACGGGAACCACAAGAACUUUUAAUGUGAACUCAAGCACGGGGAAUACUCUUGACCCAAGGCCAAGUAAGGCUAAUACAGAAGCUACUACCCUCAUUGGACUCUUGCAAAAAAUUAGCUCAAAGUUCAAAAAAGCUUUUCGUGAAAUUUUGGAGCGGAAGGCCUCAGCACAUCCUUUUGAGAAUGUUCAGUCUCUGUUGCCACCGAAUUCAUGGCUGGGAUUGUAUCCAAUUCCUGAUCAUAAACGUGAUGCAGCCAGAGCUGAAAAUGCCUUAACCCUAUCAUAUGGAAGUGAGUUAAUUGGCAUGCAGAGAGACUGGAAUGAGGAAUUGCAAUCUUGUCGGGAGUUUCCCCAUACCACUCCUCAAGAAAGGAUCUUGCGGGACAGGGCUCUCUACAAAGUGACUUCUGACUUUGUUGACGCAGCAAUAAGUGGUGCUAUUGGAGUCAUCAGCAGAUGCAUUCCUCCCAUUAAUCCAACUGAUCCAGAGUGCUUUCACAUGUAUGUCCACAACAAUAUAUUCUUCAGUUUUGCCGUGGAUGCUGACCUUGAACAGCUGUCAAAGAAACAUACAUCAAUAUAUUCAAAGAUCGGGAAUGUAAGUUCCAUAAAUGGUUCAUCUGAAAAGGCUACAAACAAUUUGUUGCAUGGAGCUGCUGGAAUUCCCAAUGGGGGGAACCCUGUUGCCUCAAAUGCAGAGGAGCUCAGUGGAGUUCUGGAUUUGGCACCUGAAUCUGCUGAAAUGCAAUUGGCCGACAGUGAGCAGGCAACAUAUGCUUCAGCAAAUAAUGAUUUGAAAGGCACAAGGGCAUACCAGGAAGCUGAUGUUCCUGGGCUCUAUAAUCUUGCGAUGGCAAUUAUUGAUUACAGGGGGCAUAGAGUAGUAGCACAGAGUGUUUUACCUGGUAUCCUUCAAGGGGAUAAAUCAGAUUCCCUUCUGUAUGGAUCUGUUGACAAUGGGAAGAAAAUCUGCUGGAACGAAGAUUUUCAUGCCAAGGUACUGGAGGCUGCCAAACAUCUUCAUUUGAAGGAGCAUGCAGUCCUUGAUAGUUCUGGAAAUGUUGUCAGAUUAGCUGCGCCUGUGGAGUGCAAGGGAAUUGUUGGUAGUGAUGACAGGCAUUAUCUUUUGGACUUGAUGAGAGUAACUCCUCGCGAUGCAAACUAUUCUGGACCUGGGUCCCGUUUUUGUAUUUUGAGGCCUGAACUUAUUACUGCCUUUUGCCAGGCUGAAGCCGCAGAGAGAUCCAAAUGUAGGGCUAAAUCUGAGGGAGAGGUUCAUGUUGCUGCUGAUACUCCAGAUACUAGCAAUAUUCUUGAAAUGGAGAGAAUUGAGAAGAAUGUUGUAUCGGAGGCUUCUGAUUCCCAGGACAUGAGUAAAGCAGGGAUAACUGACACUGUUCAAGAAUGCCAUUCUGCGCCCGGUGCAACCAGUGAAUCAUAUGAGGAAAUACUUUUCAACCCAAAUGUUUUUACUGAUUUUAAGUUGUCUGGGAAUCAUGAGGAGAUAGCUGCAGAUGAAGAAAAUGUGAGGAAAGCAAGUUCGUAUCUUACUGACAUUGUGCUACCAAAGUUCAUACAAGAUCUUUGCACGCUUGAAGUUUCACCGAUGGAUGGUCAGACCUUAACAGAAGCUCUUCAUGCUCAUGGAAUUAAUGUUCGCUAUAUUGGAAAAGUGGCUGAUGGGACCAAACAUUUACCUCAUUUGUGGGAUCUUUGUACCAACGAGAUUCUUGUCAGGUCUGCAAAGCACAUCCUCAAGGAUGUCUUGAGAGAGUCGGAAGAUCAUGAUCUUGGACAUGGAAUUUCACAUUUCUUCAAUUGUUUCUUCGGAAAUUGUCAUGUUGUUGUAAAGCAUACUGCUAACAAUAUGCAGUUCAGGACUUAUAGGAAGGACCAAUCAGGUCACCAGGCUGCAGGCAAGUCUCGGGGGCAAGCAAGAUUGAAAGGUGGAGCACCUGUGAGGAAGAAUCAGUCAUCAUUUAUGAGCUUCAGUUCAGAGAGAUUGUGGUCUGAAAUUGUUGAAUUUGCAAACCUCAAAUAUCAGUUUGAGGUACCAGAAGAUGCAAGAGUGCGAGUAAAGAAAGUUUCAGUCAUACGUAAUCUUUGCCAAAAGGUAGGCAUAACAAUAGCUGCGCGCAAAUAUGAUCUCGAUGCUGCAACACCUUUCCAAACAUUUGAUAUCUUAAAUCUCCAACCUGUUGUAAAGCAUUCAGUUCCAAUUUGUUCAGAAGCUAAGGAUCUUGUGGAAACAGGAAAGGUUCAAUUGGCUGAGGGAAUGCUAAGCGAAGCCUAUACAUUAUUUUCUGAAGCAUUUUCAAUACUUCAGCAGGUGACUGGUCCAAUGCAUCGGGAUGUUGCUAACUGCUGCCGGUACCUUGCGAUGGUUCUCUAUCAUGCGGGUGACAUGGCUGGAGCCAUAAUGCAACAGCACAAGGAAUUGAUUAUAAAUGAACGGUGCUUGGGUGUGGACCACCCUGAUACUGCUCAUAGCUAUGGCAAUAUGGCUCUUUUCUACCAUGGCUUGAACCAGACAGAACUAGCUCUACGGCAUAUGUCCAGAGCACUGCUUCUACUAAGCUUGUCAUCUGGCCCAGAUCACCCUGAUGUGGCUGCAACUUUUAUAAAUGUGGCAAUGAUGUACCAGGAUAUUGGAAAGAUGGACACAGCUCUUCGAUAUCUGCAAGAAGCCUUGAAAAAGAAUGAGAGGCUCUUGGGCGAGGAGCACAUUCAAACUGCUGUAUGCUACCAUGCUCUUGCUAUUGCAUUCAACUGUAUGGGUGCCUUCAAGCUCUCAUACCAGCAUGAGAAGAAAACUUAUGAUAUACUUGUCAAGCAACUAGGAGAGGAGGAUUCGAGGACCCGGGACUCACAGAAUUGGAUGAAGACAUUUAAGAUGCGUGAGCUUCAGAUGAAUGCACAGAAGCAGAAAGGGCAAGCUCUGAAUGUAACUUCUGCUCAAAAGGCUAUUGAUAUCUUGAAGGCCCAUCCAGACCUGAUACAUGCAUUCCAAGCUGCUGCUGCAGCUGGAGGUUCUGCGAGUGCUGGUUCUGCUUCCAACAAAUCUCUUAAUGCUGCAAUAAUUGGUGAGACUCUUCCCAGAGGAAGGGGAAUAGAUGAGAGGGCUGCUCGUGCAGCUGCUGAAGUUAGGAAGAAAGCUGCAGCAAAGGGCCUUCUGAUACGCCCACAUGGUGUUCCAGUCCAAGCUUUGCCUCCAUUAACCCAACUUCUAAACAUAAUCAACUCAGGGAUGACCCCAGAAGCUGUUGAAACUGACCAAUCGGAUCAAUUGAAGAAAGAAGCAAAUGGGGUUCCUUCAAAUGGCCAAGGAGAUGCCAAACAUGACCAAUCCAAAUCAGGACAGGAGGAUCAAACCCCCGUUGGAUUGGGCUCAGGCUUGGCCUCAUUAGAUGCCAAGAAGCAGAAAACAAAACUGAAAGCCGCAGCUUGAGGUUCCAAAUGGUUGAGAUCCAAUUGAUUGGCAGUAGAGCCCAAGAGAUGGUUUGUAAGCAUUAAGAGUGGUCCAAGUUCCCAUUUGAGUGGAACUUUCUUGCCUUUCUCUCUACUCUUGGAAGUCAAAAGAGUAGUGGGAUGUGCCAUCAAUACCCUUCUGUAUUCCAUUCUUUCAAUAAUCUUGCUCUUGGUUAUGGAUUCAGAUUCCAGCGAGCAUCCGGUCAAUUUCACUCGGACAAAAUAAGUUUACCAAGGUACAAGCUGAUAGAAGAAUAUAUAUAAAAAUAUUUUUUCUUAUGGUCUUUUGUGUUGGAUAUGAUUAGUGAAUUUCAGUGUAGCCUUGAGCCCUGGAUUCCCUUGUAAAACAGUUCGCGCUGCCAUCUUACCAGUUUUGAAUGGAAUUUUGAUCUUUCAUUUGAUCUA